AUGCAAAUUGAACAAGAUCAAGCCUUAUUGCGUCUUUUUUCUAAUCAAAAGUUACCUGUUAUUUAUCCGUCAGAACUUUAUCCAUCCAUUUUAUGCGAAGGUGAAACUAUCAAAGACCAAAGCCAAUCAUCUUCCGAUGUGCAGUCAGCAACAUUAAAUCUUUUAAAGAUAAAAACUACCUCGCCUCCUGGAAAUAUGAAGAAUUCCAAAUUAGAACAGUUACUUGUUGUCUCAGAAGAAAUUGCCCCUAACACAGAAGUCUCCAUUGUUCCCAAAACCCCUUCUAAGCCAUCGACUGAGAAAAGUGUGAAAGUUGUCAGUAAAAAUGAAGCUGUUCCAUCAUCAUUAUCUACACCUCUUUCUCCUAAUAAUCCUACUUCUAUCAUUAGUAGUAAACCAUCAAAUAUAGCUUUUAAUUUGACAACUUUCACUGUAUCUUUAACUGCCAAUGAUAGUGGUAAUCUAUUCGUAAAAUCUACUUUAUUUAAACCGCAAACACCAUCAUCAUUGCUGAUCGUGAGUACAUCUAGUGGCGGUGCUUCUAUAGCUCAAUCGUCUACACCAUGUGACCUAAACAGUUCUAAAGUCACUAAUCUAGUUUUCCAAAUUACUGAACCUACUAUCACUACGACUAAUAAUUCUAUUAUAACAUCUGUCACAACAAUCAAUGAAACAAGUUUCAUCGCAUCUAAUCCAGUUAUUCAUACUAACAGUUCAUUGUUUAAUCCUUUAGUUAUUCCUAAACCUAUUGUCACCAAUCCAUCGAAUGAUUUCAAUAAUGCUUCACCAUUUAACUUGUCUCAAACUACUACUGUUUCUUCUAAAUCACCUGGACUAUCAUCACUUUUACCAACUCCAGUAUGUGGUAGUUCAGGUAUAAUGUUUGGGUCUGGACAAAGUCAAGUUAUCAGUACUGCCACUACCAAUACUGCGAUAAGUUCUUCAUUAAGUUCUCUUUACACUGGUAUACCACUGAACACUACAAGUACAAUAAUUACAAAUUCAAAUACUACAACAAAGUCCAAUGUUACAUUCAACAGUAGACCAUUAUUCGUUGCACCAAAUUUGGUUACAGCCACUACUGUUGUUUCAUCAACCUGCAGCACUGGUACAAAUAUCUUUUUGUUUGGCGAUGCAAAUCAGUUGUCUUUCUUCGAUUAA